AGCCGGGAGGGCGAGCGAGAUAGCUAGCAGGCAGCAGGCGGGCGGGUGGCCGGCCGGCACGGAGGGAGGGAGCGAGCAAGCGGUGAGCAAGCCAGCGAGGGCGCCCGGGUCCCGAGGGCAGCGGAGAUUCCUCAGGCCCCUCCGGUGCCCUCCCCGGAGCCCACAGCACCUCCGGCACCCAGCGGAGCGGACACGGCCCGGCCCGGCCAUGGCCUCGUUGCUGAAGGUGGAUCAGGAAGUGAAGCUCAAGGUAGCGGCACAGCUCCGGCCUCCUCAUCCCUCCCUUCGAACCCCCAGCAGUCGGAUCUGCUCCCCACUCCCCAUGUCGUCUUUGUCUCCCUGGGGACACCAGCUCUGAGCUUCCGCCUGGCUCAACCCAGCCCCCCACGCCUGGAGACGGCAUUGGAGAGGACGGUAUAGGGUGGCUUUCUGUCCUGCUUCUGGUGAUGGAGCGCACCAGGGACUCCUCCGCGGACACGUGUUAGACUCAAUGCUUUAGGCUAGUGACAGGUGGAAGUCCCCCAACCCAGCAACGUCCCGGUCCCCGGACGCUGCCACUGACCCUGCCCUUGGAGCCUGGCCUACUGCGUAUAAUAGACCAGGUUGAUUCUUUCAGGGAGCGGAUCACAAGUGAGGCAGAAGACUUGGUGGCAAAUUUUUUCCCAAAGAAGUUACUAGAACUUGAUAGUUUUUUGAAGGAACCAAUCCUAAAUAUCCAUGACCUAACUCAGAUCCACUCAGACAUGAAUCUCCCAGUCCCUGACCCCAUUCUCCUCACCAAUAGCCACGAUGGACUGGAUGGUCCCACUUGCAAGAAGCGUCGGUUGGAUGAAUGUGAAGAGGCCUUCCAAGGAACCAAGGUGUUUGUGAUGCCCAAUGGGAUGUUGAAGAGCAACCAGCAACUUGUGGACAUUAUUGAGAAAGUAAAACCUGAGAUUCGGCUGCUGAUCGAGAAAUGUAACACGGUCAAAAUGUGGGUUCAGCUCUUGAUCCCCAGAAUAGAAGAUGGGAACAACUUCGGGGUGUCAAUUCAGGAGGAAACAGUUGCAGAGCUAAGAACUGUCGAGAGUGAAGCUGCAUCUUAUCUGGACCAGAUUUCUAGAUAUUAUAUUACAAGAGCCAAAUUGGUUUCUAAAAUAGCUAAAUAUCCCCAUGUGGAGGACUAUCGCCGCACUGUCACAGAGAUUGAUGAGAAAGAGUACAUCAGCCUCCGGCUCAUCAUCUCAGAGCUGAGGAAUCAGUAUGUGACUCUCCACGACAUGAUCCUGAAAAACAUUGAGAAGAUCAAACGGCCCCGGAGCAGCAAUGCAGAGACACUGUACUGAGGCCAGGGCCAGGGCCAGGGGACUUUGUGAGUCUGGCUCAAGACCGACAUUGCCUUGGUUUGUUACAUGACUAUCGUGAUGGGGAAACUGGCUGGAAAUAGUAAUCACACCUCUCUGUUUUAGUUAGAGUCUAAUGAAACUCUCAUCUAGUUCUGUGACGUGUUUACCUCUUUUUUCAGGCCUCAGGAACUCUUCUGUCUUCUUCCCCCAACCCCUCCUCCCCUCCCCCAAGCCUGUCCUCAUUUCUGGAGAACUCCAGGUUUGUGCAACAUACUGGCACAAAGAAUAAUUGUGGGUUUUUGUUUUUUCUUCCCUUCUCUUUCUCUUUCCCUGUUUGAGGUUUUGUGUUUUUUUUUUCCUUUUGAUGAUUAAUUGGUUAAAAGCUGGAGGAACUAUAGGGAAAGUGUUAGGUAUCUUUUAGAAACAGGGAGAGUGGAGUGGAAGGGACAUCUCUUCUUGUCCCUUGUUCUGUGGGACUUUGGGUCCUCCCUGCCUGCCCUGGUGACGCCUUAGGGCUUUCCACCUACAUCCAUCCCACCCUGAGCCUGACCAUGACGAGGGAUACCUUAGCCUUCAGCUGCAUCCCUACAGCUUCUUUGGAUGUUUUUAUAACUGGGGUUUUCACAUACACAUGUGUACGUAUGUACACACGCAUAGGGACAUGUAUACAUGCUUCCUGCUCCAUUAUAGAACAUACCUUAUUUCCUGCACCACCACCCCGCAAGCCCCUGUCACAUCCAACACCUCAGCAGGUGAUAGUUGUUUUAGUCCAUCUGCCCAGGCAGAAGUCCCAGGCCCACCCUCUUCUGAUAAUGUAGCCGUUGGUGCCAGGGUAAGUUGAAGGAGAACCAAGAGCCGAGCAGCAGAGGGCUCAUGAAAGCCUUCCCUCUGCGACUCAGGUUCUUUUUGGUGUUAUGCAAAAGCUGGUCCUCUGGCCCCCACUUGCCGUUCUCCUAGGCUAGCAUGUGCGCUGGCUAGGGAGUGGUCAGCUGUCAGGUCCAGAGGCUGCUGCUCCUCGCUAUGCUUUCCCUUUGGGAAAUAUUUCUCGUAUUUAUAGUAUUGUGCUUCCAGGGAAAGCAGUAAUUCAUGUGUAUAUGUGUGUGCACAUACACGCGUGCACAUGUGUGUGUGUUCGUGUGUGUAUAAAUAUGCUGCGAAGGUCAAACCCAUAGAAGAGUUGCCUCCUCUCUUGAAUCUUCCAGAGAUUUCACUUGUUACAGCAUUUGUAUUAGCCCCACCAGCCCCCAGCUUUUUAAGUGAGAGUUGGUCUCUGCAGUUAGCCUACCAAUGACUCUCAGUGUCUGUUUGACUUUCAUUCCUCUCUGUCUUCCAAUUCCCAAUCCUAUUUCCACCUCGAUGCAUCCCUUUCACUCCUAGCGUUCUAUAGAAAAGGAGUCGGGGUGUGCUCUUCCCAUGAGUCGUGCUCAGUAACAAACCAAUCGCAUUUUUGUUGGGCAGUACACCUACCCACCCUAGAUCCCUUCCAGCUGAACCCCUUCCCUCCCACCAUGUGUUUCAGUUCUCCUUUUUGUUUGAUUGUUCCUCUGCCCCGCCUUCCUUGGAUUGUAAUGUAAAAUUCUUUUACCAUGUCAAGAAAUUAUUAAAAAUACAGGUACUUUGACCUCUUUCUAAAGCUGCA